GGAGGCCAUGAUGGAGGAGCACCAGCCUCUUAUAUCACAGGAAAAUCCCAGUAAGAAAUGUGAAAAUGUCAUGUUACCACUAGAUGAAGAUAUCCUGCAGCGCUCUUCAGGAGAAGACCUCAUUACCCUUAAUGUACAUCCAGGACUUCACAGUACAGAUCUGUCAUAUAAUCCUCCUAAUUAUGAGGAACCUUCUCCGGACCAAUCACAGAUUGUUACCGCAAGUACAAGUCAGAAAAGGAUUAAAAGGCUUCAUUGUGGUAACGAAUCCACAAACGGCUCGGGACUUUCUUCACACCGAAGACGUCACAAAGGACUGAAAAUGUAUUCAUGUUCAGAAUGUGGAAAAUGUUUUACACGGAAAUCAUAUCUUGUUUUACAUGAGAGAAGUCACACUGGGGAAAAGCCGUAUUCAUGUUCAGAAUGUGGGAAAUGUUUUACACAGAAAUCCAAUCUUGUUAUACAUGAAAGAUGCCACACAGCCGAGAAGCCAUAUUCAUGUUCAGAAUGUGGGAAAUGUUUUACACAGAAAUCCAAUCUUGUUUUACAUGAGAGAAUUCACACUGGGGAAAAGCCGUAUUCAUGUUCAGAAUGUGGGAAAUGUUUUACACAGAAAUCCAAUCUUGUUACACAUGAGAGAAUUCACACUGGGGGAAAGCCGUAUCCAUGUUCGGAAUGUGGGAAAUGUUUUACACAGAAAUCAGAUCUAUUUAUACAUGAAAAAUGUCACACAGGAGAGAAGCCAUAUUCAUGUUCAGAAUGUGGGAAAUGUUUUACACAGAAAUCCAAUCUUGUUACACAUGAGAGAAUUCACACUGGGGAAAAGCCGUAUUCAUGUUCAGAAUGUGGGAAAUGUUUUACACAGAAAUCAGGGCUUGUUACACAUGAGAGAAAUCACACAGGAGAGAAGCCAUAUACAUGUUCAGAAUGUGGGAAAUGUUUUACACAGAAAUCAGAUCUUUUUAUACAUGAAAAAUGUCACACUAGGGAAAAGCCAUAUUCAUGUUCAGAAUGUGGGAAAUGUUUUACACAGAAAUCAGGUCUUUUUAUACAUGAGAAAUGUCACACAGGAGAGAAGCCAUAUUCAUGUUCAAAAUGUGGGAAAUGUUUUGCACGAAAAUCAUAUCUUGUUAUACAUGAGAGAUGUCACAUAGGAGAGAAACCAUAUUCAUGUUCAGAAUGUGGGAAAUGUUUUACACAGAAAUCCAAUCUUGUUUACCAUGAGAGAAUUCACACUGGGGAAAAGCCGUAUUCAUGUUCAGAAUGUGGGAGAUGUUUUACACAGAAAUCAGAUCUUGUUUACCAUGAGAGAAUUCACACUGGGGAAAAGCCGUAUUCAUGUUCAGAAUGUGGGAAAUGUUUUACACAGAAAUCAGAUCUUGUUAAACAUGAAAGACGUCACACAGGAGAGAAGCCAUAUUCAUGUUCAGAAUGUGGGAAAUGUUUUUCAGAUAAAUCAAGUCUUCUAAAACAUGAGAGAAGUCACACUGGGGAAAAGCCAUAUUCAUGUUCAGAAUGUGGGAAAUGUUUUACACAGAAAUCACAUCUUGUUAUACAUGAGAGAAGACACACAGGAGAGAAGCCAUAUUCAUGUUCAGAAUGUGGGAAAUAUUUUACACGGAAAUCAUAUCUUGUUAUACAUGAGAGAAGACACACAGGAGUGAAGCCGUAUUCAUGUUCAGAAUGUGGGAAAUGUUUUACAUAUAAAUCAGGGCUUGUUACACAUGAGAGAUUUCACACAGGAGAGAAACCAUAUUCAUGUUCAGAAUGUGGGAAAUGUUUUACACAGAAAUCAGGUCUUGUAAUACAUGAAAAAUGUCACACAGGAGAGAAGCCAUAUUUAUGUUCAGAAUGUGGGAAAUGUUUUACACGGAAAUCAUAUCUUGUUAUACAUGAGAGAUGUCACAUAGGAGAGAAACCAUAUUCAUGUUCAGAAUGUGGGAAAUGUUUUACACAGAAAUCCAAUUUUGUUUACCAUGAGAGAAUUCACACUGGGGAAAAGCUGUAUUCAUGUUCAGAAUGUGGGAAAUGUUUUACACAGAAAUCAGAUCUAGUCUAUCAUGAGAGAAUUCACACAGGGGAAAAGCCGUUUUCAUGUUCAGAAUGUGGGAAAUGUUUUACACAGAAAUCAGAUCUUGUUAAACAUGAAAGACGUCACACAGGAGAGAAGCCAUAUUCAUGUUCAGAAUGUGAGAAACGUUUUUCAGAUAAAUCAAGUCUUCUAAAACAUAAGAGGAAUCACACAGGAGAGAAGCUGACAGACAGACGUUAUCUGGCCUGUAAUAAACUUUCAGGCUGUUUGCUACUUCAGCAGCUGUACGAGGAGGCCAUGAUGGAGGAGCACCAGCCUCUUAUAUCACAAGAAAAUCCCAGUAAGAAAUGUGAAAAUGUCAUGUUACCACUAGAUGAAGAUAUCCUGCAGUGCUCUUCAGGAGAAAACCUCAUUACCCUUAAUGUACAUCCAGGACUUCACAGUACAGAUAUGUCAUAUAAUCCUCCUAAUUAUGAGGAACCUUCUCCGGACCAAUCACAGAUUGUUACCGCAAGUACAAGUCAGAAAAGGAUUGAAAUGUUUCAUUGUGGCAAAGAAUCCACAAACAGCUCAGGACUUUCUACACACCGAAGAUGUCACAAAGGAGAGAUAAUGUAUUCAUGUUCAGAAUGUGGGAAAUGUUUUACACUGAAAUCACAUCUUGUUAUACAUGAAAGAUGCCACACAGGAGAGAAGCCAUAUUCGUGUUCAGAAUGUGAGAAAUGUUUUACACAGAAAUCCAAUCUUGUUAUACAUGAAAGAUGCCACACAGGAGAGAAGCCAUAUUCAUGUUCAGAAUGUGGGAAAUGUUUUACACGGAAAUCGAAUCUUGUUAUACAUGAAAGAUGCCACACAGGAGUGAAGCCGUAUUCAUGUUCAGAAUGUGGGAAACGUUUUACACGGAAAUCAUAUCUUGUUUUGCAUGAGAGAAGUCACACUGGGGAAAAGCCAUAUUCAUGUUCAGAAUGUGCCAAAUGUUUUAUAGAUAAAUCAGGGCUUGUUACACAUGAGAGAAAUCACACAGGAGAGAAGUCAUAUUCAUGUUCAGAAUGUGGGAAAUGUUUUAUACAGAAAUCAGAUCUUUUUAUACAUGAAAAAUGUCACACAGGAGAGAAGCCAUAUUCAUGUUCAGAAUGUGGGAAAUGUUUUACACAGAAAUCCAGUCUUGUUACACAUGAGAGAAUUCACACUGGGGAAAAGCCAUAUUCAUGUUCAGAAUGUGGGAAAUGUUUUACACAGAAAUCAGAACUUUUUAUACAUGAAAAAUGUCACACAGGAGAGAAGCCAUAUUCAUGUUCAGAAUGUGGGAAAUGUUUUACACAUAAAUCCAGUCUUGUUACACAUGAGAGAAUUCACACUGGGGAAAAGCCGUAUUCAUGUUCAGAAUGUGGGAAAUGUUUUACACAGAAAUCAAGACUUUCUACACAUCGAAGACGUCAGAAAGGAGAGAAAAUGUAUUCAUGUGCAGAAUGUGGGAAAUGUUUUACACAGAAAACACAUCUUGUUUACCAUGAGAGAAUUCACACUGGGGAAAAGCCGUAUUCAUGUUCAGAAUGUGGGAAAUGUUUCACACAGAAAUCAGAUCUUUUUAAACAUGAAAGAAGUCACACAGGAGAGAAGCCAUAUUCCUGUUCAGAAUGUGGGAAAUGUUUUACACAGAAAUGCAAUCUCGUUACACAUGAGAGAAUUCACACUGGGGAAAAGCCAUAUUCAUGUUCAGAAUGUGGGAAAUGUUUCACACAGAAAUCAGAUCUUUUUAAACAUGAAAGAAGUCACACAGGAGAGAAGCCAUAUUCAUGUUCAGAAUGUGGGAAAUGUUUCACACAGAUAUCAAGUCUUCUAACACAUAAGAGGAAUCACACAUGAGAGAAGCUGCAUUCAGAAUGAGAAAAAUGUUUUUGCUUCUAAAGCCAUAAUUAGGGGUCAUUAGUGAAGUCACACAAGAGAGAAGCCAUAUGGUCACAUUAUAAGGAAACAAUAUAUCACUGGGUCAUAUACAUUGUUUUCAUUUCAGGUUGUAUAUUUGGAUAUAAAAGCUUAAUUGAUGUCACAUAACGGCUUCUUUAAAACAUCUGAUAAAUCCUGAUUAGGAAGACAUAUAUUCUGUUCAUGACUUAUAUUUUAAACCUUACAGUUAACCCUUUCAGCUCUGGAGGGUUUUUCGCAUUUUCGAUUUUUACUCCCUGUCUUUCCAGGACUUUUUUUUCUAUUACAUUUACAUA